AUGUCGAAGGAAGCUAAAGAUUUGGAGGAGGAAAGUGGCGAUGCCUUCAUUAACCAGAACGAGGUUGGUGAAGUUGUCGAAGAGGUUGUCGAUGAAGAUCAGCCCAUGUCUGACGAUGAGGAUCUCGACGAGGACGAGUUCGAUGAGCAUGGAAACUUGGAGAUCGAUCUCACCAACAACUCCUCGACGUACUUUGACCAACACCAAGAUUCUAUUUUCCUGAUCUCCAGCCACCCGACGCUGCCAAUGGUGGUGACUGGCGGCGGUGAUGAGAUGGGUUAUCUGUGGACUACCCACUCUAACCCACCCCGAGUAGCCAGCCAAUUGACCGGCCACACAGAGUCGCUAGUUGCCGGUGGCUUUACCAGUGAUGGCAAAUAUUUGGUUACUGGAGACAUGAAUGGCCAAAUAAGAGUGUGGCGGUCCAAAGCUGGGGGCGAGAAAUGGGAGUUUUUCUCCUCAUUGCAGGAGGUCGACGAAGUGGUGUGUCUUCGCAUCCACCCGAAGCAGCCUGUGUUUGCAAUUAGUGCGAAAGAUGGCUCAAUUUGGGUCUACGAAAUGGGCGGCAACAAGCUGAACAACAUCGCCGUCCUGAACGCUCACUCGGAAGCCGUCAACGACCUGCUGUUUGCCGAGGUUGAUAACGAGGAGAAAAUGACCCUUAUCAGUGCCAGUGACGACGCAGGGAUCAUCAGUUGGAACGUGUACCAGUCGACGGCCAACUAUCACUUGGGACCUGCUCAGCUCAAAGGCGAGCAUCCGUGGGUUGUGUUAUGUUUGUCGCCCUCGGGCCGCACUUUUGCGACAGGCUCUCAGGACGGUACCAUGGUUAUUGUCAAAGUAGACGACGGAGCUCUGUUGCAGAAGAUUGAUACCGGCAACGAUGCAGAGGACGAAGAGAGCCGAAGCGUCGAGGCGAUUGCCUGGGCAGACAAAGCCAACAUUGUUGCUGUGGGCAACGUAGGGGGUCAAAUCCAGCUGUGGGAUAUUGCGACUUGGAAGGUGCGCAACACUCUGCAGAUUGAGGGUGCUAUCACCAAGUUGGAGUUCAUCAAAGGCACCACGAAGCUAGUGUCCAGUGGUUACGACGGAUCGCUGAUUGUUUGGGAUGUAAUUACUGGCAACAAAGUGUGGCAGUGCUUUGGCCAUAAUGCCGGCGUGCUGGGCUUUGCCAUCCAGGAGAAUGGAAGCCGAAUCAUCUCUGCCGGCGAUGAGGGCGUGUCUCUCGUAUUCGAAGUCUCUGAAGUUGAUUAG